AUGGAAACCUUGCCGCAAGUUCGUCUCCGAGUCCUCACCCAUGGAGUCCGGUAUGCGACCAGCUCCGCAUUCAAAGUUGAAGUGCCACGGGAACAGCGGAAGCAGUCGCUGUUGAACGAGCUUCGGUAUCACAAACGCCGCCCAAGCGUCGCAUUGAUCUGCUUGCAAGAGGUGCUUCAUCAACAGCGAGUGGACAUCCUCAAGGGAUUAAAUGAAGUUCCCUGA